GAGCCAAAGACACGGGAGACAACGGAAGUUGAAGCAGCACCGAAUGUCAAACUGUAGCAUGGUGGAGUGGGUUUUUGUAAUAUAUUAAAGUAAAAAUGUUAAGGUACAGUUUGCGUCGCGUAGCACCGUUAACACAGUUCCUCUCCGGUAACGCCACGACGUUUCUCUGCAGGAUAAACGUGUUAAACAGAGCACCGACCUGCGGGUAUGCUAAGAAAGUUGCGGCCAAGGGAAAAGGUAAAGGCAUGAUGAAAGAGGAACUGAAAGGUCCAGAGGUGUGUAAAGACCCUGUCAGACUUACAUCUUAUGCAGUAGGGGUUAAUGUCUUCAAACAAGGGGAAGACCCCAAGCUGAAGCCUCCUGAGGAAUAUCCUGAAUGGUUGUUCCAGUUAAAUCUCGGAAUUCCCAAAAAGCUGAACGAGCUGGAACCUGACUCCUGGGAGUACUGGAAGCGACUGAGGAAGGAAAACAUUUGGCGCUACAACAGACUACAUAAAGGGAAGAAGUUAUAGACUUUAAAUGGACUGAGCGGCAGUGCUUUACAGCCUGGACUGACAUACCAUGACAGUGAUGUGAUGCACAUUCAGAGCUGAUGUCAACUUCCUGAAUAACGGACUUCUAGAUCAGUCUAUCCCACUUGACGGCUGAGAGUUUUUUGUCUCUUCACUGAUUUGGUGGGGAUAUAACACCUAAAACUCAAACUGCAGAGAAAUCCAAUGGCAAAAACUGAACGUCAGGAGCCUCAGAAAGUUAUUGUCUCACUACAAAACCUUCAUUAAAUCAGAUUUAUCCCGUUCUCAUGAAGUUUUAGUUGCAAUUUUAAACAUGUCUGUUGUAUACUAGAGAGCUCCGAACAGUUACUUUGUGGUAAAAAAGUAGAAAAGGGGGUCAGUGUGUUGGCUUUGGAUUAAAUAAUUCGAACCUGUGUUUAUGGUGUUUUUUGUUUUUUUUCUCCACAAAUCUGUUUGUGAUUGUGCAGGGUGACUAUAAAUAAACAUGAAAUAAUCUUCAAA